UGUAGGAUUUGAAAAAACGGUGCCAUCUGCAAAACAACACGGGGUAGGAUCUGCCACACAGUGCCUCAUUUUUCAUGGGUCCAUGUUUCAUUUUUUGGCAGAAAAUAAAAGGUUGUCCGGAUGACUGCAAAGCGCUUCCCCAUCUGAGACACACCAGAGGACGCAAUUCUUCAAGUGUCUUCAUAUUUAUGGAAUAAAACCAGCCAUCAUGUCGGGGAAGUCAGAUGUGAAGAUGAAGUGGGCGGCUGUCAGGGGUCGCCUGGGCUCCUCGCAGGACUCAGAUACCCAGCAGGAGGCCAACCUGGAGAGCGCUGACCCAGAGCUGUGCAUCCGCUUGCUGCAAGUCCCCACCGUGGUCAACUACUCAGGGCUGAGGAGGCGUCUGGAGGGCAGCGACCAGACAUGGAUGGCCCAGUUCCUGGAGCUCAGCGGGCUAGAUCUCCUCCUGGAGGCCCUGGAUCGGCUCUCGGGGCGGGGGUGUUCUCGCAUUGCCGAUGCCCUUCUGCAGCUCACCUGUGUCAACUGCGUCCGGGCUGUCAUGAACUCCUCUGCAGGGAUCCACUUCAUCAUAGACAACGAGGGAUACAUCCGGAAGCUCUCCCAAGCUUUGGACACUUCCAACACCAUGGUGAAGAAGCAGGUGUUUGAUCUUCUUGCUGCCCUGAGCGUGUUCUCUGCAGACGGCCAUCGCCUGGCUCUGGAUGCUCUGGAUCACUACAAGGGCGUGAAGACGCAGCAGUAUCGCUUCAGUGUGAUCAUGAACGAGCUGCAGGCCACAGAUAACGUACCUUACAUGGUAACGCUCGUCAGUGUUAUCAACGCCCUCAUCUUCGGCACAGAUGACCUCAGGCAGAGGGAUAAGAUGAGAAAGCAGUUCAUUGGACUUCAGUUACUUGAUAUUCAGCCAAAGUUAAGGGAGGAGGAGGAUGAAGACUUAAGUAUUCAAUUGGAAGCUUUUGAAGAGGCAAUGGCUGAAGAUGAGGAGGAGCUGCUGCGGGUCUAUGGGGGUAUUGACAUGAGUGAUCACCUGGUGGUGUUCACUACUCUCUUUAACAAGGUUAGCAGCACCCCAGCCUCCAUGCAGCUGCUGUCCAUCCUGCAGGCGCUGCUGUUGCUCGGGCCGGACCACUCUGACAUCUGGCAGGCUCUGGAGUCCAUCACUAACAGAGCCAUGCUGCUGGCCCAGGACUCUCAUAUGGAAUCCUCUGAGAAGAUCAUGCAGCGGCUGCUGUUCUCCAAGGGCAAGAGCUGCAGGGGUCAGCACGAGCUGGACGGGCAGCUGGGGGGGGCGGAUAAGGAGGUCCAGACUGACACAGAUAGUGGGGAUGAAGAGAAGUCAGAGAAAAGCUUAACAUCUUCUCAGAAACCACUGUGUGCCUCUGCUCCACCUCCACCUCCACCUCCACCUCCUCUAACCCCAAGUAUGCUCCAACCUUCUAACCAGUGCCCACCCCCUCCUCCACCACUACCUGGGGGGUUUGGUGGACCCCCACCACCUCCGCCUUUGCCUGGAAUUCCACCACCACCGCCACUGCCUGGUGGUCUGGGUAUGCCUCCUCCGCCACCUCCCUUACCUGGUAUGGGUGGCGGCCCACCACCACCACCUCCAUUACCUGGUAUGGGUGGCGGCCCACCACCACCACCUCCAUUACCUGGUAUGGGUGGCGGCCCACCACCACCACCUCCAUUACCUGGUAUGGGUGGAGGCCCACCACCACCACCUCCAUUACCUGGUAUGGGUGGCGGCCCACCACCACCACCUCCAUUACCUGGCAUGCCAGCUCCUCCGCCUCCCCCCGGCAUGAUAGUGGCUCAGGGUAGUCAGUCCCUGGGGUCCGCUGCCCCCACCAAGGCACACCGAUGCCCCACCCUGAGGAUGAAAAAGCUCAACUGGCAGAAACUGCGUGCGGUUACGGAUGGUCACUCCAUGUGGGCCACGGUUCAGGGUGAGCCUUCUUCUCAGGAGCCGAACUACAGCAGUAUCGAGCAGCUGUUCAGUUUCCCGGUGACCGAGAACAAAGACAAGGGGGCAGCUGCUCCUGUCAAGAAGGAGCCUAAAGAGAUAACAUUCAUUGAUCCAAAGAAAAACUUGAAUUUGAACAUAUUCCUAAAGCAGUUCAAAUGCAAAAAUGAGGACUUUGUAGCCAUGAUUCAGAAUGGGGACCGUACUAAGUUUGACGUAGAGGUGCUGAAACAGCUUGUGAAGCUCCUACCAGAGAGGCAUGAGAUUGAAAAUUUGAAGUCCUUUCAAGGAGAAAAAGAAAAGUUGGCAAAUGUCGACCGGUUCUACACCUCCCUUCUCACUGUUCCCUGUUAUCAGUUGCGGAUUGAGUGCAUGUUGUUGUGUGAGGAGACUUCAUCAGUGUUGGAUAUGCUCAAACCUAGAGCCAAGCUGGUGGCGGAGGCCUGCCAGUCUAUCAGAACUAGCACGCUCAUGCCCAGUUUCUGCAAGCUCAUCCUGGACGUUGGGAAUUUUCUCAAUUAUGGAAGUCACACGGGGAACGCUGCAGGGUUCAAGAUCAGCUCUCUGCUCAAACUCACAGAGACCAAGGCCAACAAGAGCCGCAUUACGCUGCUUCAUCACAUCCUGGAGGAAGCAGAGGAGAACCACCCAGAGCUGUUGGCGCUGCCAGAUGAUAUAGAGAUCUGUGAAAAAGCAGCAGGAAUUAGUCUGGAAUCUGUUCAGUCAGAAGCCAGUGCCUUACUAAAACGACUGAACGAGACGGCUAAGAAGGUCUCCACCUCUGACGAAGAGGUGAAGGAGCAAUACGGAAACAUUCUUCAGGAAAGUCUGGAGGCAUGUCAGGACUUGACCGAAACAUUAACGGAGACUGAGAAGACAAAGAGUGAGCUGGCUGUCUACUUAUGUGAAGAUGUCAGCCAGCUGUCGCUUGAGGAACUCUUCGGAACCAUAAAAACUUUCCGAGGACUUUUCCUCAAGGCACUAAAGGAAAACAAAUCCAGACGAGAGCUGGCAGCCAAGGCUGAGAAGAGGAAGAAGCAGCAGCUGGCAGAUGAAGAGUCCAAGAGACAGAAAGGAGAGAAUGGAAAAAUCAUCAAGAAAGGCUUUGUGCCGCAGGACGACGGCUGCAUCGUCGAUCACCUCCUGGCGGAUAUCCGAAAAGGUUUCAGCCUCAGAAAGACCAGGCCAAGGUGCGAUUCGGAAAGCCUCCCUUCUAGUGAAAUUCGUAGGGAUACCCUCCCAUCUGGAUCAAGUGUGAAGCCUGUCGAAGAAAAAGCCGCAGAACUAGCCGUCACCUUCGCUCCCUCCAAACCUCCGCCAGAGGGUCCACGGGCCGAGACGGGCGGAGUGAACGGCUUCCUCAGCCCGUCAGAAGAGACUCCUCCAGCACCUCAGGGUGCAAUUCAAGACAGACCAGCUCCACCUCCCAAGGCACCCCCAGGAGCAGCCAUGAUGAAGCAGGCACCCCCGGUAAGACCUGCGGCGCUGCAGGGUGGGCUACAGCCACAGGGACCCGCAGUGUCUUCACCAGAUACGAUGCAGCCUCAGCCUCAGCCUCAGCCUCAGGUUGAAGCGGAACAUCAACCAUGUUUACCCACAAAUGGCUUCUCACCGGAUUCCUCCGAGGCUAGCGUCCUCAGCCCGACUUCCCUCUCCGAUUCUGACCUGCUAGAAGCUGUGUUGAAUGGCACGUCCAGCCUGGCGUCUGAGAAGACGAUUCCCGAAGAGCCAGUGGAUGUUAAAGUAGAUAUUCAUAUGAAAGAAGUUCCUUUACCGAAUGCUAACAAUGUGCCGAGUAGUGAGAGAAACACAACGGGAGAUGAAGAAGGAGAAAUUAGUAAUGAAAUAAGCCAUUUAGCAGAGACUGUAGGACAAGAGAAGGGGCGAGAAGAGAGGAAGUGCAUUAUUGUGAAAACGUCCGUGACUACACUCAGUGAGGGCAUCGAGGGCUUUGAUGUUCCCGAUGGACUGGUGUCACCAGAUCUGCCGUCAGUGUCUGAAGCACUGCCUCCAUCCCCUAAGCCCGAGCCAAAGAGAAAGAGGAGCCUCUAUAAACAAAACAAAAAGAAUCCAGGUAACAGGGAGAAAGGACACACUAAACAUAAAAAAGGCUGUGUGUUGCAGUGAGGUUACUCCAGAAAAAGAAAAUGGAGAGGAAAAUGUUAAUAUCGCACAGGAGUUGUGAACUGGAAGGACUACAAUACUAUUAGUUUGUGAGACUACAUGAGCAUUGACUCCUUGAAGAGGAUGCAGAAGUCUUCCUUUUGCAAUGAUUUGUUUUACAUGACCAAGAAGAGUAAACGCGUCUUAAGGCUGGGAUUUCCAAAUGUCUCUCUAUGUAAAUUAGUUGUGGAAUUUGUGUUAGAGUGUUUUUGAUUCUGAUCUAUUGAAAAAAAGUGGCUUUAUAUGUUUUGUACAAUUGUUGUAAUAUGAAGUGAAUGUGUUUUUGCAUUACGCUCUAUUACCUUUUCAGCCCCUUAGAAAGAAAGAUGCAGUGUUGUUGGUGCAAGAUAUGUAAUUUAACUAAUCAAAACAAAACUUUUUGAAUGUCUUAAUUGCUAUGUAUAUUAUCCAGAUGAUCUCUAACAGGAAAAUAUAAGGAUAUUUAAUGGAUUGUGAAUUUAAUUGUUAAAUAUAUUUUAAUAAAAGUGAAUUUACUGUU